AUGGCAGGCGACCAUGGUUCUCAAGGCCCUGUCGUGGUAGGUCUUUGCAUUGCAUUUGCUAUCCUGACGUUUAUUGUUUUGUCUUUGCGACUCUUUGCACGUAUUUACGUGCUGGGAAAGAUGGGUCUCGACGACUACCUCAUCAUUGCAGCUAGUCUUUUAUCAUGGGCAUUCAUUGCUGCCACGAUUGCCGCGGUUCAAAACGGGCUAGGAAAACACUACAAGUAUACCGAUAAGUCGAAAUUGAUCGACUAUUCAUUUGCCGUCUGGCUGAGCUCAAUGUUCUACCUCGCUGCUCUGGGCUUCGUCAAAACUUCUGUAUUAUGGUUCUACACCCGGCUAGGAGACCGCACUCUCACCCGCAUCGCCUACAUGAUGAUUGGUGUCAUCAUUUGUCAAGCCACCUCCUUCGUUCUCGUCGCAGCUUUCCAGUGCCAACCUAUCAGCAAGGCCUGGACUGGUACUGGUCCCGGAAAAUGCGUCAAUAUCAACAUUUUCUACCUCGCCAACGCGGCCCUUAACAUCUUCACGGAUCUCCUGACCUACACCCUCCCCAUCCGAGUCAUCUUCAAGCUGCAGAUGCCUCGCAAGCAGAAGAUUGUCCUUGGCUUCAUCCUAUGCCUGGGUCUCUUUGCCUGCAUCUCCUCCAUCAUCCGAAUCACCUACAUCCCUGCGAUGCUCACCUCGAUCGACUACACCUACGCCAUCAGCGGUGCAAUGUAUUGGUCCGUAAUCGAGACCAACGUCGGUAUCCUCGCCGCCUCUAUCCCCUCCUUCAAAGCCAUCGCCUCCCGCUUCGUGCCCCGCUUCAUUGGCGAGUACAGCAGCGGGAGGAAAUCCUACGGCCCCUGGUCUAGCACUGCGGCUGCCCGUCGAUACGGAUCGGGCUUCGCCAAGGUCACCGACCCCACCAACAUCACGAUGAACACGAUGAAUGGGGACAAGGAUGCUACUAUGGGUACGCAGAUUGUUACGACGACGGCGGAUAACUCCAGUGAGGAGCGUAUCAUCAUCCCUGAUGGUAAAAUUUUCACGCAGACGGAGAUUGAGACGACGGUUGAAUCGACUGGGCCUUUGGAUUCGACCGGCGAGCGGGCUCGUCAAUCGAAGCGAAGCUUUUUACGUUAG